AUGACCGCAUAUAUUCUGUUGUGCAAGCCUUCUCGAUGGCUCGAUCUCGGCAGUGGUCGCCAUUACGCCUUACGGAUGUCACAAACAGAAGCUGCCAAAACCCUGCAGCUUAUAAAUCGGCUAUGGCAAUUGAAAAAUCCGAGCUUUCUACUAAACUUCUGCUUACGGAACUUACACAAAGAGAAUCCGAAUUUUCUUGAUUUGAUUGAACGCUAUGGAUGGUGGAAUCGGAUCAUCACAUCAUCAGCAGCAAAACCAUGUCUUAGUCGAAGAGAGCUAUGGAAAGCAUGUGCAGGUCCCAUGAUGGAUCUUCCCAUAGUUGGGGAGAGAUUGAAGGAAUCAGCUGAUCAGAUUGUACCAUCAUUCGACCUCCAUACAGAUAUCCUCUGCAGGGUCAUUAACAUUCAGCUCAGGGUGGAACCUGCUACUGAUGAGGUUUACGCACACAUUACUUUACUCCCAGAAGAAAAUCAAAAUGCCAUCAAAUGUUUUCCUCCCCUGGACAUUACCAAGCAGAAACCAAUCCAUGAAUUGAUAGCAAAAGACCUUAAUGGCUCCGAAUGGCGAUUUUGUCAUGUAUUUCGAGGCCAACAUCGAAGACAUUUGCUUACGAAAGGUUGGAGUAAAUUUGUUGCUAGUAAGAGAUUAGUUACUGGGGAUUCAGUUAUCUUCUUAAGGAAAAGGAGAUUCAUUUUAAGCUUGAACAAAUAUCUUGAGCCAAAUAGAGAGAAACCAUCAAACCAAGAUUUAGCUCAGAUUGCUUCCACCGGCCUAUCCACUAACCAGGCCUCCAUUGAUGUCCUUGAUUGUGAUGUAUUCAGUGACAUCUUCUUAGCUGCACACCCUCUCUUUCUAGAGAAUACACCAGAGUCAAAUGGGAAUUGUGUAGGAGUUGCUUCUACUGUCCAAAAUUUUGAGGGAUGGCCAGAGCCCCAGAGUGAGAGUUUCACUACCUAUCCACAGCAGCAUAUACCAGAACAUUCUGCGACGACUUCAACCUUGCAGCCAACUGACACCUUACAAGUGAUGUGUACUUAUUCUACCCCGAGGCAUCUUCCAACUGAGCAUGUCUCUUGGGCAGUUUACCAAGUGGCCCAACAAUAUGUUCCUAUACUCAGUAGAGUCUAUGCGUUACUCCAGUACUAUCUCUGGCUUCAAAGCAAUAACUGGUGCACUGCAGUCAGUGUACUUGGAGAUGUUGGCCAGGAUUACUCUUUAAGGGGAUAUAACAUGCUUUAAAAUCAGGUUGCCUAAGACUUAAUUGUGGACCUUACGCUACAAAAAUAAAAAAUCUCAAGAGCGACUUCUGUAGGAAUGAGAUGUUAUGUCAUAACUCUGCUCGCAUUCCUCCUUGUGAGGUUUUCGGCAGACUGGAAAAAGGAAGACUAAUUACAGCAGAAGAUGUGUCACCUUUUGUUCAAUAGUAUCACUACAUAUAUGUAAAGAUCAUGUAGCAAGGAACUGCAUAACAUUCAUCGAGUGGAUAUUUGCUUCCAAAUGCAUGUAAAUGAUACCCAACAAUUAGUUUGUGACGUUGUCUAUAUCUAACAAUCAUUGCGUAUCUAUCGUUCCGACUCUUGCAAUGUUGGGCCCGUGCUAAGCGCGGGCCAUUGCCACCUAAUUUUAAGUUAUACAUUCUAGUUUUGAGUGUUAAUAAAAGAAAAACUUUCAGAAA